AUGUCUUUAGUGGUGGAUUUAAACAAGUAUAUUCUUACAUACAUCAAGUCGAACGACGUGGUUUCUUUAGCAUUGCUUAUGCUAACUAACACAGAGUUUUUUACAAAUUCCGAUGGGACACAAAAGGAGAUCUUGCUUCGUUCCAUCACGCUGACACAACCGAACGUGACGUUAUCUCUAUCUGCGGCGUGUGUCCACGUAUUACUUCAUCCAACACCAGACUAUAAUUCAAUAGUCGAGAUAUUACACAGUGCAUCCUCGUCACAGUUGUAUCUCACUGAAAAGCUUCAACCGAUCUUCAAAGAAAUUUUGAAGGGGAUGGUAGUUGCAAUUGACACAAAAGCGCUCACCGAGUCGAACGUGUUAGUGUUAUUGACACCCAUUUUAUUAUUCCUCAGCUGUGAUGUUGAAUCUUUACACGCGUCGGCAACUAAAGUACUCAUCUCGUCGUGGAAGAAUUACUCCACCCUUGUCGAACAAAUCGUCCAAGACAUCUGUUUGGCGUUUUCUACGUCAACUGCGCAACGAUCAAAAUCCGUUGCUCUUAAAUUGGCAACGCCACUCACCGCUGCUUUGGUCCUCGCGUUGCAAGCAGACGGAGAGUACAAAAAGUCGACAACCCUCGCAACGACGUUCAUGAACAACUUCUUCGCAACACUCAUUUCUAGCGCUCAACCAAGUCUUCUCGCAAAUUUCUCGGCAGAUGUCAUGUCACUUGCAACUACUCCGGCGUACCCGGCCGCUCUUAUUUUAUUUCAAUUGCUCGUUAAUGCAACACUGACUCAAUUGGUCAAAGGGAAACUGCCACUUAGUGUGAAGUACGUCGCAAUUGAUUUCAUUAGUCAAGUCGCGGCUUCGUUCCAUUCAAAACAGACGAAAACGGACGAUAAAAUGCAAGAAGUCUGCAACAGUUGCGGGAACGACUUUGUUCAAACUGAAGGCGUGGAAUGGACGAACGUGCCGCAGGGAAUGUGCGGGAAGUGCUACGUGAACGAACUUCUCUCCGACUAUUUCUCGAAACUGACGGGCAAAAAGCUCACUUCCAUUUGGUAUUUACGAGAGGCGGUCCUUGCUUUGGCCGCCAAUUUAAAUGUUUCUGGGUACAAACUGUUGUGUGGACUAUUUUUGGAGCAAAUUAAGAACGACGAGAAGAGCAAAGAAUGGGAGAAAAAUGCGCUUGAAACGCAACUGGGGUGGGAGGAUCCACAGAACCAUUUUAUUGUGUCGAGGGUGAAUAUUGGAGAGGUGUUGAUACGGUUUGAUGCGUUUGAUGACAAACAAUUUCUUGAGAUAGUGAUACCGGAGUUUCCAAAAAUACAGGAGAUGUGUUUGAAUUGCACAUUGAAAAUGAUACAAGACAGUCAGGCGAUGGUGAGAGCGAGAGGGUUAAAGGGGUUGGUGAGUAUAAUUAAAGUAACUCCGGAUUUGGGGGACAAACCAAUGAUUCAGAACGUCAUUGUGAACAGAUUGAAAGACAAAAGUGCGACCGUUCGAGAGACUGCUCUUGAUUUGGUUGCAAUGAAACUUGGUGGGGAAGAGAUUAAUGAAGUUGUGGAACGACUGUUCGACGUGUCUGUGUUGGUGAGAAAGAAAGCCGUGAAACUAGUUUUAGUCAGAAUUAAAGAAAUGAUAUUUGAAAAGGACCCGCUUGCUUCUCCGUUGUUGAAAAGAAUCUUUUUAAUUGCGUCGCGACCGGACAGACAAAAUGACAGAGAAGAAGCCAAGAAAAUUAUUCGAGAAGUCUUUCUACCUCUUAAUAACCUCAAAAUUGAUUUGUUGAUCAAUGUGGUGCAAACGGAAAUCACGGAAGCUGCGAAUCAAUUGAUUGACACUUUGAAUGAUCAACAGAAUGAAACGCUACAAAACUAUUUGAUCAGUCAACUUGGUUCGGAGAGUCUGAUUAAGGUAUUGAUGUUAUUGAAAUUGAGUGCAAAGGGAACUUCAAGUAAAAUCCGGAUCGCAAACAAAAUGGGUGAUUUGAUGAGUUUUGUUUGUUUAGACGAUGACAAAGUGAAAGAAACGAAUGCGGUGCUGGAGCUGAUUUCAUUGGUUGUGAGUCACAUGAACGUAACAAAAAGCGACGAAAUGGUGAUGAAACGACUUUCUUCGACGCUUCUGAAUAUGACAUACAAAACAACGAAUUUGACGAUGUUGAUAUUGUUGGUGAAGUGUUUUAUCGGCGUCGAGCUGAAGAAAAACGAAAUUAACACCAUUGGAGAUUUCUGUGUCCAAUACUUGAAACUGGCACUGAACGACUCCGUGAGACAACGUGCUUUGAAUGUGUUGGCGGUCAUCUUUAAAAACGUGGAUUUGAGUGCGACAAACAGUCUGAAGAACUACUACCUCAACUCAAACAAACCGGUCGCAGUCGAUUUGUUCAACACAAUUUUGACGCUCAAAUCAUCGACAAGCGCAGGGCUGAUUUGCCAGAUGAACACAAUUUUUAGCUUACUCCAGCAAUAUCCGGGCUUGUAUAUCCACUACGAGACAAUCAAAAAUUACUUUUCGAUAUACAUCACAAAGACACUCUCUUCGGGAAACGAACAAUUGGCGAUCUCAACUUUAUCGUUGUUGUUUGAGUUGUUUGAAGCUGAAACCACAGACGACUUGAGCGCGCUUCAAACAACGUUGGCGCAAACGCAUACAAAGGAAUUACUUCCAUUACUGACUUCACAAAGCGCGAGCGUCCGAUUCAAAGCGUUAGUCUUGGCCAGUUCGAUAAUUAAGAAGGGUCUUAUCAACCCAAUUCAGAUUUUGUCUGCAUUGAUCGGACUUGUCACGGACAAAACGCAACUUACGUCCACAAACGCGAUUUCGUUGUUAAGACUUUUGAAUGAGAAAAGCAGUUCGUUGAUUCAAUGCCGAUUUGUGGAAGGGUCGCAAAUGGGGUUCAAGCUGAGAGGAGAAGAGCGAAGUCUUAUGCGAAUACCACACCCACUGAGUUCUGUUUAUCUGCUCUUUUCAUUGAACCAGAGAAAAGCAGUUUUGACGAGUUUGGUUCAGAAGUUCAGUGACACAGUCGAAGAGGGAGUUUCGGAGGAUGGGGUGUAUGAGAACUUGUUCCUGUUGGAGGUUGUCUGUUUACUGCAAUACACCAAGUCAACUGAAGUCAUGAUUGUGCUCCAGCCGCUUAAGAAGAUUGCUGCGGUAUCUUUGCCGGAUAUACGAGGAUCGAUGAAGAAAAGGAUGAAAAGCCAAAAUGUGAAAACGACGUCGAUUGCGCAGUUAAUUGUUUGUGUCUAUGCCACGAUGGUUGCAAACUUUUUGGGGAGUUAUUAUAAUGUGAACGAAGAGGGAAAUGCUGAGAACUUGACCACUUCAGUCAGCGAUUUACAAGACAACCAACACCCAUUUGUUGUUGCUGGGUUUAAGUAUAUAGACAAAAUCAUGAGCGACUUUGAUGCUUUAAAGGCAUUUUGGAAGUACUCGAGACAAGUGAUGGAUGGGGAAUACGAGAACUUUACGCUUCAAAAUUGA